AUCUUCAAUGGCGAAGUAUGUUAUGGAUUUUUAAAGCACCUGGUCCCUUUGUGCUUUUGACCAGCAAAACUGUGAGUGCCAAUGAGCCUACCUUUCCUGAAGCAUCGACCAAGCUUGCUUGGCAGCAACAUAUUUGCUCGAUCUGCACCUAGGGUGUACAGAGCUUCUAGUACCAGAUCGAUCCAUGUGUCAACUUUAAGAUGCAGCGCGGAAUCUGAACCUAGAGAAGUGCAGCUGAUCAAAGACAGCGAUCCUGAAGGAACCCCUGUAACGACCAGCAGCAGAAGCACUGAUGCAAAUCUUCUGCUGGCUGUCGGUGCGGUGGUGGUUGCAGUUGGGAGCCUCUUCCUUGUGAAAACAAUGGAUGGAGCCCCUGCUCUGGAACGCCUCAGGAGCUUCUCCACUCCUCUGGACGUUGCCUUGACAAAUGGGAGACCAACAGUAAUGGAAUUUUACGCCGAUUGGUGUGAAGUGUGCAACGAGCUGGCGCCCAUAACGUUGCAGGUUGAACAGGCAUACAAAGACACCGUCAACUUUGUGAUGCUCAACGUGGAGAACACAAAGUGGGCUCCUGAGGUUGCAGAGUAUGGCGUCAGAGGCAUUCCUCACUUUGUGUUUUUGGACAAGAAUGGAACACCGCAGGCCGCUGCUGUUGGACGUUUGCCCCAAGAAGUUUUGGAAGGUGAUGUGAGAGCAUUGGCAACAUCUGAGCCCCUACCAUUCAGAAACAACAGGGGGCCUACAUCAGGCCUGGCACGUCCUAUGGGCUCAAUGACUGCACAAAGCAACCCCCGAGACCAUGCAUGACUGGAGGGGCAAGGUGGCAGAAAGAUGCAGAUCUGCUCAGGCACAUGUUCAUCAAAAGGUUAUUCAGGAUGCAGAAAUAGGAAUUUUCACUGACCUUUUAGAGUCUGUGUCUUGCACAGAGCACACUGCAAAUAGGGAAAAUACUGUACCGGAUAUCACUUUCGAUAUUCAACACAGUAUUUUCCUCUCUCUGAGAUCACACCAUUGCUUGUCUUCUUGAGCAUAAUGUUGCAGAGUAUGACUGCAGUGGGACGGUGGUAUUUGGGCUAUUUUCUGGGAAGACCCAGAGGUUCUACUGCAGUAUUCAUUAGGAGGUUAUCCUGAGCAGACACAGACCUCCUGAUCCUUCAUGCUGAAAAUAGCACUGCGGAUUGUUUAUGAAUCCUUUUGCACAGAUUCGGAUCAAUUGCAAGGAGAAUGGGAGGUAUGUACGAUUGUCCUGCAGAACAGAAGUUUGUCGAAGGCACCUGGGAAGUUGAAGUGCUGACGUGUGUUUAGCGAUGAGGGAAAUAUGCUUGCAGGGGCUUCAGCUUCUCAUAGGAUUUGUGCAAAGGAGAAAUUGUAGUAUUGCAAAGAUUCCUACAAAUGCUGAAUUAGUGGGCAGUGUGAUUCUAUAUCAUGAUCUUCAUGAUAUCACUUGAUCUCUGUGAGUUUAUAUUUGACGCAGCGUGUUGACAGGAAGAGACGAUC